AGAGUAUCACCAGCACCAGUGAUCAACCACUUGUACUAUCAUAACUGCCCCCAUUUUACCCUCGCACUCGGAAACUGCUCUGCUGUGUCACGCGCACCUGAGGUCUUUGUAUAAAUAAUAACCCAUUUCCUCAGCACUCAGAUCUCACUGCUCAGAACAGCCUGAGAAUCAGUAAUGCCAGAAAGCCAAUGCGACGUUGACAGUCCUUUGACCUUUAGUUAUAAAGAGGUCGACGGAAUACGCAUCUUUCUCGACGUCUACCUUCCAUCAGAUGACGUUGACCAACAAUCCACCCGACAGAUUGAGUAUAACCCAGCAGUCGUCUACUUCCACGGAGGGGGUCUCACCGUAGGAAAUAGACGAAGUUGGUUCCCUACUUGGCUGAAAAGCCGGUUGUCUGCACGCGGUAUAAUAUUCAUCAGUGUAGAUUAUCGUCUUAUUCCUCCAGGGACUGGACAUAAUGUGCUUGCCGAUGCGAAGGACGCCAUCGCUUUUGUCGCGGGAGAUUUGAAUGUUCAGAUUGAUCGGGAGCUGGCCGGUCUUGGCUCUGGCUCACGUUUCCGCAUCGAUCCCACGUCGAUCGGUGUAGCUGGAACUAGCGCGGGCGGGUUCUGUGCGUAUCUAUGCGCUAUUUAUGCAGUCCCGAAACCGAAAGUAGUUCUCAGCCUAUAUGGUAUGGGAGGCGAUUUUCUGACAGACCAAUAUCUCGCUCCCAAGAUGCAAUCUUUCUUCCGGGGGAGAGAAAUGCUAGAUCCCGCACAGUUCUCUGAAUAUAUAUAUCCGUUCAACAAUCUCCAAAGCACUUCAGACUCUCCACUCGUAUACCAUCCACAGUCAUAUCACAUCCCGGGAUAUCCUGCGAACCCACGAAUGCUAAUCUUGCGCUUAUACCUACAGCUUGGGGUCGCCUUGGACUAUAUCACCGGUCAGCAUGAACCAAGUCUCAGUGUUAUGUUACGCAAGGCUAUUCAUACUGAAGAUCCCUUCGACGAGGCACUCAUUUCUGAUCACAAGACUAUUUUCCCUCAGUUCAACGUCACGUCGGAUUGGCCGGCAACUUACCUCAUCCGUGGAACCAGCGACACGGCUGUCCUCGUGCAAGAGUCUCGUAAUUUACACUCUUUAAUUUUGAAGGCUGGCGUAGAGGUCGUAUUGGAGGAACUACCAGGUCGAGAGCAUUCGUUCGAUUAUGAACCAAACGCAGAGCUGGAAAACGAAAGAUCAUUCGAUGACAUUGUUCAGUUUCUUUAUCGCCACCUCAAUUAGAAACAGUACUCAAUUUGAUGGAUAAAGGACUGACUAGUGCUAAGUCUUAUUCUUGGCGGUUAGAUAGAUCAUAGAUCCAACACAAUACCAAGUACAGUAUUUAGUAGGCUUCCUCAGCCUGAAGUGCUCGUCAUCAUUACAUACAUACUGCAUUGGUUGGGACGUUACAAAAUUCACCCGUGUUUCACAGUCA